CAUCUCCCCGAUCACCAUUGAUCACUGAUCAUGACAAUAGAUGCGGCUCGUAAGGUUAUGGGGUAACUGACUAUGUAGACCGUUCCCAGGCUCAAAUGCACUGCACCGCGCGUAGCGACAUCCGACCCUGAUCAGCUGCCUUCGCUCCGUUCUCUCCUUUGCUUUCUCGCCCUUUCCUCUAUUACCCAACAACCCUACUAGCAAGCCGUCGAAUUCAAAUGGCGUGCGAUACGACCCCCGCGCCUCGGCCAGUCCUUAACCCGCAGCUCGCCCCGCGACUAGCGGAAUACGUGGCGCUGCUGGAACCCCCCGCUGUCGAGGCGGAGAUUAGGAGGCUCGCGAGAAUGCAGCGGGGUCGGCGGAAGCUUCGCGCGGGCUGGCAGGGAUGGCAGGGUGGGGGGAUACGCGCGCGGAAGCGGCGGAAGCGGAGCGGAGCUGAGGAUAGGGGGGAAACGGGGGGAAAAGGGGUGGUGAAAGAGGAGGAAGAGGAGGGAGAGAAAGAGGGGGAGGAGGGGGGGAGAAGGGAAAGGGGUGAUGGUCGGUUGGAUGCAGCGGAGAUGUUUGAAAUGGGUAACGAAGUGCAACGGUCCGCAUUGGCUGUCUACUUUCUGCGGCGGUGCACUGUGCGCUUCUUUGCCCACAUGCAUGGGAGACGAGCAGAGGCAGUGGGGGGAGCAGGAGGAGGGGGGGAUGAGGCAGAGGAGGAAGAUGAGGCGGAUGAGGAGGGGGAGGGGGACGACAGGAAGGACGGUGGGGAAGAGCUAGGAUACGAGGAGGAAGAGGAUGGAGACAAUGAGGACUGGGAGGAGGAGGAGGAGGAGGAGGAGGAGGAGGAGGAGAGGAGGUUGUUUGACGAUGGCGUGUUUGUCCCUGAGCUGCUCUGCCUGCUGCCGGCUCUGGCGCUCAAGUGCCCUGCUCUCGUGCCGCCAGGUCUGGCUGUUCUCGGAUUGCUUGCUUCCAGGCACGGCCCGAGCCUGAUCGCAGGUCUGGUGGUCCAAACGUCCCAGCAAUUCCGAGCCUCUGCGAUUAAACUUAUCACUCGAGUCCUGGCCCGAACCUCUACUCCCAUCUCCCCCUCCGCCUCCUCCCCCUCCGCCUUCUCCCCCUCCCUUCAACCUAACAUCCAGCCUGAUCCCACAAAAUUGGGUGCUGCUGCAACGAGUGGUGCUGCUGGUGAUGCGUCUGCUGCACCUAGGAAUGUUCCUUUGCCUACAGGGGCAGGCAGAAAGGGUGGCGCCGCUGCUGCCGGUGGUUCUGCCGCCAGUGCUGGUGACGCUGGUGCGGCUGGCCUGCAACGGGUGUCUGUUUCUGGACCUGGAGCACCGAAACGACCCCAUGCGUUUGUCUUCCCCCGAGGCUUCUCCUCCAAGCCACCCCCGCUGCCACAGAGGCAAGCUGAGCAGCAGAGGGGUCCCUCUACUCGUCCCACCCACGGCUCAUAUGGUCAAAAGCAGACCCACGGCUCAUAUGGUCACGCUCCCCACCAUCCCCCCCUCCAUCCUCACUGCACCCUCCUCCCUCCAUUCCCCCCACCAAUUCUCGCCUCACCACUACUCCCACCAUCUCCCCCACUGGUGCUGCUACAAGUUGGGCUUCCUGCACCUUCCGUGCAGCUUCCCUUGCCUUGGUUCGCAUCUGCCAGCUGGCCGUUGCUACUGCUGCCACGUCAACAAGCACAGCUACAGCCGCAGCUACAACCCCCCCGGUGCUGGAAGACCCUCUUGCCGUUCCCAGGGCCUGCCGGGCCGCGUUGCUGAGUCAGCGCGUGCUUGCUGAGUUGGCGGUGCAGAUCACGGUGGAUCUGAUCGGCGAUGAGCUGGCGUUCUUCCUCUCUGCCCUACCUGCUUCUCUAGCCGAUCCCCUAUUGGCCAGAAGCUGCUGCUGGAGCUUCCUCAUAGCGCCCUACAGGCUGGCAAGGGGGGGGGUAGGGGGAGAAGGAGAACGGAGAGAUGAAGUGGAGGGGAGAGGCCGCGAUGAGGCGGGGGUUGCAGCAAAGAGAAAGGCAGAUCAGCAGCAAGAGAGGGAAGGGGAGAGAGAAAGGGAGGAGGAUUCUAUCCCCAGGAGAAACCUCCCUGCUGCCUCGUUUCCUUGCCUCAGUGCGUUUGAUCCGCGAGAGUUCUUUUCUUCAAAGGUGACUUGGAGCCCAUUGGUGCCACAUCGUGAGGAUAAUGUUUUGUCACAAUCAAGUACCGCUGCAGGAGCAGAAGGCGGGCGCGCACAAGGAGGAGGGAUCAAGGAGCAAGGGGAUUCAGAGGGGAGGAGAGCAGAUGAGGGUGAGGCAGCUGCUCCUGUGAAGGCAGUCCUGCUGCAAAAUGCUGCUGAGAGCCAAUCAGAAUGCGCCAUGUGGCGCGCCAGGGUGGCGUUGCUGGCAGCGGCAGAGGCAGAGGCGGAGAGAGUAGGGCUGGGUGUGAGGCGGGGUGAGGUUGAGGAGGGAGGGCCGGCUGGGGAAGAUGAG